UAAUCUUCUUAUCCAAACCUGGAACACAAACUGGGACUACUUAGUUUUUGAGCUUAAAGUCAGAAUCACACUUUUCUGUUUUCAUUCAUUCAAAUUAUUUUUCUGCCAUCCAUGGACGCUCUUCUCAAAUCAAGCUUUCCAAUAUUCUCCGCGAAUCCAAAAUUCCUAUCCACAAAGCAUGUCAAACCCCUCAAGGUCUCCAUCAAACCGCCACCACCAGACUUCGAUUUCAGAGCAGAUAUUUUAGCAGAAUCCACUGCCAAAAUCGGACAAACUUAUCCUCAGCUAGUGGACUUGGCGGAGAAUGGGACGUUGGUGUUGGUCGAGAAGCGGCAGUUCGGCCCUGUUCCUGCCUGGAGGACCGAGUUCGUUGAACCAGAGGCGAUAUGGCUGUUGGGUACAACUCACAUUUCGCCCGAAUCAGCCUCCGAUGUCGAGCGUGUUGUCAGGGCUGUCAGGCCUGACAAUGUGGUGGUCGAACUCUGCAGAAGCAGAGCUGGGAUCAUGUACAUAUCCAGUGGUGUUGAAAAUGGGGAACAAUUACGAUCAAAUAUGUUUUCUUUGAGUGGGACUGGGUUUUUUGGUGCUGUUGGUCGUAGCAUAAACUUGGGGGGUCAAACUGCUCUGGCAUUGCGUCUACUUUUGGCACUUUUCUCUUCAAAACUAUCAUCUGAUCUCAACCGUCCUUUCGGAGAUGAGUUCCGAGCUGCUCGCAAAGCAUCUGAGGAAGUUGGUGCACAAAUAGUUUUGGGGGAUCGCCCGAUUGAGAUUACGCUUGAGAGGGCUUGGAAUUCUCUGAAGUGGAGUGAGAAAGUUAUUCUAGUGCUCUCAGUCAUUCGAGGGAUAACGUCACCAUCAUCUGAUAUAUCCAAAAAUGAUCUCUUGGAACAAAACUACGAAAAUGAUACCUUUCAGCUUUAUGAGCGUUUAAGCUUCUCAUAUCCGUCACUUCUUCAGCCUCUUGUACAUGAGCGAGACACUUAUCUUGCGUGGUCUCUUAAACGGAGUAAAGCAGUGAACAAGUGUAAAACAGUGGUGGGGGUGAUCGGAAAGGGGCACAUGAAUGGUGUUAUAUAUGCGUUAGUGUCGGACCAAGGGAACCUACGGUUCAGAGACCUUGCAGGGAAGACUCCAUCUGAAGCUGAAUCUAAUGGCUGGGUUCAACGUCUUCUCAAAAGCUUGGCUAGAGACACUUUGAUUGGCAUCCUAUUAUGGGCAUUAUAUGAACAGAUUAAAUCAGCUGGUAUAUUAUUAUAGUAUAAUGUGAUUAAAGAAAUCAUUGAGAAAUAGAAUAAUAUAAAGAAAUUAAAGUUCAGCUUUUUACUUUAUUUA